GAAGUAAAGCAGCAGUGACCGUUGUUAGGUAACUUGACCAGGCCGUGGUUGUUGUUAUGUUGAAGGACAAAUUUCGAUAAUUAAAAAUGAAUUGUACUGUAGUUAAUGUUUGUGAUAAUGAUUUCAAAAAACGCUCAGGAAGUGAUAUGGUAAAAAGUGCAGUCAAUUCAUACUUGCGGCGCAGACAUUAUAUGGUAAUUUAAUUUGAUAGGAAACAGAUCACUUCAGGAAAUCAGAUUUGGUUUUAAGUCAAACAUGUAAGCAGAUGACAGUUGCAGCAACAGUGGACAAAGAUGUUUCUAGACUAAACUCAAUAAUAUUUAGCACAAUAAGUAACGACAUUGCCUUAGCUGAACAACAGUUUACCAAAUUAAAGUCAUGGAUCUUGGAACUUCCAGAAGGAAAGUGUCGCCACGAGUUGCAUGCCAUGUUGUUCCCCUUACUCUGUCACUUGUACCUGGAAAUAUUACGCGGAGGUUUAGACAGACAGGCAACGUCCAAGUUUCUCAAACGUCACCAAGAGUUAUUUUUGGGUCAUGAAAAUCACAGAGACAUCAUUGAAGAAUUGUCCUUGGUAUUCACCACCCAGGACAUUGACAGCAAACCACUUAUCAAAGCUUUUAGGUCAUGUAAAUACGAAUUAAAGAUCAGUUCAUCAACAAUGGCUGCACUGCAAAAGUAUCUAGCAACUCAAAGUCAUGUUAUAUUGCUUCAGGUUCUUCAAACGUGGUUUGAUAUUGAAGUGUUAUCCAGUGACAGUGUUUUUGAGAGCGAAGAUUAUGUGCUGGAGGAUUAUGUAGACGAAACAGCAGACUACCUAGAGUCCCUGUAUCAACAAACACAUGACGAUAAGGAAAUGCGUCAUUUACAAGAGAUGAUCAGACAGGUCCGAGCAAGUCCCACUCCACCUCCGCCUCUGUUGCUGUACUCCUUGAAUAAUUCUGAAAGCGUGUGCUGUGCGAAGGUGUCGCGCUCAGGUAAGCUGAUGGCGUCUGGGUACUCGUCAUCACAACUCAAGCUCUGGUCUCUGUCAGAGUCCAAGAUCGGUCCAGCGGCUGGCCACUACUCCACUGUCAAUCUGGCCACCAACACACCUCUUCAGACCCUUACAAUACCAGAACAGAGGUACAGCAAUCUUCGAGGACACUGUGGACCUGUCACAGGGAUUGAGUUCUUGUACGAUGCUGAGGUCCUGCUGUCUGUUUCUCACGACACCACCAUGAGAGCCUGGAGGAUGGCGGACUAUUCACCGGCUGCUAUUUACAGAGGUCACAACUACCCAGUCUGGUCAGUGGCUGUCAGUUCACUGGGGGUCUACAUAGCAACAGGUUCACAAGACUGUACAGCUCGACUGUGGAACCUGGAUCGCACCUAUCCUCUGCGCAUCUUUGCUGGUCACUGCCAGGAUGUCAAUUGCGUACAAUUCCAUCCCAACAGCAGUUACCUGGCAACUGGCUCAGCGGACCGGUCCAUCCGCCUGUGGUCCGUCACAGAUGGCAGCCUGGUGCGAGUGUACGGCAACUCCGGCAGCGUGCUCGCCCUUGCCUUCAGUCCUAAUGGCCAACAUCUUGCUUCUGGUGGAGACGACCGCAGAGUGAGGGUGUGGGAUCUGGCCACAGGAGGAGUGCUGGCAGAGUUGAAGGGUCACUCUGCACCAAUCACAGCCCUCGACUGGAGUAAAGACAGCAGCACUCUGUCCUCAGCAUCACUGGACGGCACCGUGUUCGUGUGGAACUCUGCACUUCACUUCAAGCCCCCUACCAGUGAAACUACGGAGAACCCAGCCAAGUAUACUACAAACUGUUCGACGAUGCUCAGCCUGCAAUGUCUACCUCGAGGGAACUUGGUGGCAGUUGGGACCCAGGGGCCUGUCUCAUAAAAUAUUCACAAGUUGUGUGACAGCAACUGUAUCUUGUUGAUAUGUAUUUGGCAGUUAAUGUACCUGAAAAUGAUUAAUUAAGUUUGACUCUAAGUCCUACCUUGUAUAGUCUCCUAUGUAUCAAGCUGGAUAUAGGGAGUUUUCUUUAUGGGAAUGUUAUAUAUAAACAAAUGUUCUCUUAAGGGGAUUCCAUACUGAGCUUUCCUUUGAAUUUCUUAUAAAUUAUAAAAAGUCAAGCUUAACAUUGUUUACACUACAGAAGGUGAAAAGCGUGUUUUUAUAUAUUUGAGUUCUUAUAGAAAAUUUGGUUUAUGUUGUGACUUUUUGGGUUUUGCCAAAUGUUUUUUGUAAAUAUUUUUGUAGUUAUAAGUUAAAUGUUACGUAUUUGUUGUAAAUAGUUUUAUUGAUGCAGUUAUACAAAGAACAAUAUUUUGAUAUUACUUUAAAAGAAAAACUCAAAUAGUGGAUGAUUUUGAAAUAUUACACUAGUUGUGAGGUUCCACAGAAGAAAGAAUCCAUACUAUGUUUUUGUAGUCUGUAAAUGCUCACUUACAUGAUUAGGCAUUUUUUUGUGCUUUGUAAACAUUAAACAAAAGAACUAAUCUGCCUUUUAAUAAUGCAUUUUUUUAUACUCCUUAUAACGUCUAAUGUUGUUUUUUCUUUAAAUACUAUAGAACCACAAAAAAACAUUGUUUUUAAUGCAGUAUUUUAGUAUGAAAUCCUCUUAAUAUCAGCUGUUAUAUCUGUUACAAGGUCUGAUGUUGCAUGAACCUAGUUCUGACUAACUGUUAAGCUGGUAAUAAGCCUUCAUAAAUAUAUUUGUGUUUUAAUAUAAGGAAAUGUUUAAAUUCAAAAUUAUUUUAUUUUAAUGUCUAGGUGCUCUUUUAAAUUUAUAUUUUCUGUCAAUAAUUUAAAAUUCAGUUUAUUUCUUUAUUUUUACAUUACUUGCUGUAGACUUUCACGUAGUACUCUUAUUCUUUAAAAAAAGUCUAAUUAUUUUUAUACAACAAAUAAGUUUUAUAUUAUGUUUGUCACUUCUGAAAUUGAAACCGUUUUAUUUAAAUGCCAAAAGUCAUUUGUACAGUGUACAAGGGUCGUUCAAUAAAUCCUUCAAAAAGGUAGAGCUCUAAAAAAAAUUAUUUUUGUUACAUAUUUUGUUUUUUAACAUAAUCUUUUUAAGUUCUAUACACAUCUGUUUAAAUGUUUCAUCCAAAAAGUAUGAUGUUGGAUGGUAUUCGAUGUAGGCUUAUUUUUAUUUGAUAGAUGACUUUCUUUGAGGACUUUUUUUUUACUUCUGCGCUUAACCCGUUCAAUAAUGUCGUAUAAUACUCUCCAGGUAUUGUGUUUUUCUUUAUCAAAAUAAUCAAUGUAAAGUGUGUCUGUACACGAUUGUUUAUUCUCCUUUGAAAACAAGCGCAGAACCCAUGUUCCAAGAUUUAUUUCUAAGCCAAUUCCUCGUGUAAAAUUGAUCACGCCACCUUGUGGAACACCUGUGGACACUUUGACCUGUCAAUCACUCAAACCGAAUCUUUGUCACUCAUUUCAAAGGUCACUCACUCCCACGGAACAACCGGAGUGUUGUUUAUCUUUGUGGUUGUACUACCAUGUUUAAACUAAUUUACAUAAUUGUUGCAAACACAAGAGCAAAUAUGUGAACUUCGUUCAAAUCAGUUUUGACCUCCUUUGGUAUUAAGCCAAUUAAAUAUAAAUGUUUAAUCGCCACUAAAAACUCACCUUUUCCCAUUAUUUUUAAUAAACUAAAGUUUGCUGCUUCAGUCAAGUAUUAAAAUGAGGUGGAGUCUAGUGAUACCAUACCUGAUAUGAUACUACCAGCGCUUUAUCUUGGAUUUUCUAUACUUAUUGAACGACCCUUGUACUUGUUAUGAAUACUUUAACUGAAAUGUAAUAUAUAUUAUUGCAUAGAAAAUGAAUGUUGUUAGUCUAUUUAGUAUACAUAGGUUUGUAAUGUCAAAGUUUAUUUUAAUUUGAACAAAUUGGUUUGCAUAUUUACCGUGUAGUAUUAGUUACAACUUGCAAAUAAAAUACUUUUGUACUUUU